AUGAGAAUCAACCACCGGCUUCUAUUCGGGACGCUUCUUCGGCUGGAAAGAACGGGAAUAGAAUACAUCAAGUCGAUUGGGAAAAUGUAUCACUGCGGUCUUUUCGAAGUGGUUCAAGGCUACAAAAUUCACUAUAUGCGUGCGGGUUCCGGAGCACACAAUCUGCUUCUCUUCCCAGGUCCAAUGGGCAGCGUGAUAACCGACUACUCCCUAUUUCUGGACAGAUUAGACAAGAAAACUUUUACUGCAAUUGGCUGGGAUCCACCAGGCCAAGGAGGAAGUAUACCUCCAACAGAGCGGUCGUGGUUGCAACAACCAGGGCGUCUUCAAGAGGAUGCUCACUUGGCGCUUAGGCUGAUGCGUCAUCUGAAUUUGGUGCCCUUCUCUCUCUUGGGUUGGGCUGAGGGGGCAAUUACAGCCUUGAUCACUGUGGCAAACUGCGAACCCAAAGAAUUUCGCAAACUUGUUCUUUGGGCACAUGAAGGAGCAAUACCAUGUGUAAAGGCUAACUUGAUAGAUCAGACUCAGGACCCUCAUGCCUGGCCUUUAACAUGCCGUGCGCCGUUGGAAGCGAUGUACGAUUCGAAUUACCUCGCUGAGAACUGGACGCACUACACCUUGGCAAAAAAUUUGGGCUAUUUCUGGCGCGAGCUUGGCGAUCCUGUGAUUAAACGUCAACUGACAGAACAGUUUAGCACGAACAGCGGGCCAUUGCUUCUUCUAAUGCGUGCUCCCGGAAGGCUGAACGCUGAAGACUGGCUCACCUACAUUCUUGCGCAAAUGGACAAUGUAAGAAUCAUCAAUUGGAUGAAUCAUGAAGAGGUCAUUAGUUCCACUGAAAAAUAUACUUGCUGGGGGCCUCACCGAGCUGAUCCAGAUGAAUUUCAAGCAAUUGCAGAGCAUUUUCUUCGAUGUGGGCAGGUAAAAGAACCCUUGGAAAAAUUGUAG